CAUCUCUUGAUCCCAGCGAACCAGUCAGAUGCCAACCUUUGCAGGACGAUGCUCAGUGCUGCCGUAUGCGGCUACUCGACCCCCACUCUCAUCAAUUGGGGCGUAGAGUUUAAAGACCCCAAUCUCGACGCCGGUGGUUCGAAAGUGGGCAAGAUAGUUGGCGUGUUGCAGUUUCUACGCUCGCUGGGCCGGGAGAACGACGAUGACCUCGUCCUCCUCGUCGACCACAACAUUAUGUUCCAGCUCCGGCCAGACGUAAUUCUCUCGCGCUACCGACGCAUCAACGCCGAAGCCAACGCGCGAAUCCGCAAGGAAAUGGGCCGGGCAGCCGAGGAAGAAGACAUAAAACAGACCAUUGUCUUCUCAGCGCAGAAGCAGUGUCGACCAUUGGAGGAUGACGACCCGGCCUGCUACGCUGUCCCGCAGUCGACGCUGCCAGAUGACAUUUACGGCCCGGGAACAGACACCGAUAUCCACGAUCCGAAGAACCCGUAUCUCAAAUAUCGGCAACGCUUCCUCGGCAGCGGCAGCGCAAUGGGUCCCGUCCGAGACUUGCGCCGCCUCUUCGAGCGCGCAUUCAAGAAAAUGCAGCAGCAUCCCGACAUUGGCAGCGACCAGACGAUUUUCAGUCUAAUUCUCGGAGAACAAGAAUACCAGAGAGACGUCCUUCGCAUCAAACACCUGUCGGCUUGGGAGCGGCUAUGGGACUGGUUCGGACGCACCGCGCGGCCGACGGACCCGCACCCCACACACCACCGCAUGGAGGUCGCCGCAGCAGGAACACCGUUCGAGUUCAGCCUCGGACUCGACUACGCCAGCUUGCUAGGCCACCCCACCGUCUUCGCUGAGGACGACACAGCCUGGUUGCGCUACAACUCGAGCGCGGACCUCAAGGCCGCGGCACAGAACCAGCAAAUUGUGCGUCCGCAAGCCACCGCCCUGCCAGACGACGUGGCACGCUCGCCGCCGCCGUUCCGCAUGGGCGUUGAUCAUGCCAAUCUACCCUUCAACACCAGCUGGAGCGAGGUCCCGCUGUACAGCAAUAUGUGGACAGGCGUGGUCACGGGCAUCGUGCAUCACAAUGCGCACCGAGACGGGCUGAAAUCUCCGCGAGAGACAGGGUGGGACAAGUUGUGGCUGCAGCCGUAUGCGAGGCGAUUGCUGAGCGCGCGGAUGCUGGAGCCGAUUGGGCCUGUGGCUGCCGAGGGAAAUGUCACCUGGUGGAGCAUGUAUCUGGAAAAGGGGGGAGCGAUGACUGAGAAGCGCCAGUGGCUGACGUGGAAUUCCUUGUGCGAUGGUAAGGAGGACAAACUGUUCAGGGAUGGUCAGGGCGAUUGGGUUGAUCCGAGGUAG